AUGAUAAAAUCAUAUACAGAACUGUCAAAUAUACAAAAAGUAGAGUAUCAAAAGAUCAGAACUUCUAUUAAUGACAUUUACAAGGACGAAGAACGCAAUCAUUAUUUUGUUGAUCUGGAUGAUCUAGAGUAUAAUGCUGUUUUUCUCAAUAUUUCAAAAGCAUCUUUUGAGAAUGUUGAGCAAUUGAUCGCCAAGAUAUUAAAAACUAAAAACAAGAUAUAUGCAAAAUUAUAUAGCUUUUUUGGAGACAAAAUAACAAUUCAGAUUCUCAGAUUGGUUGAGCGUUUAGCAACGGAUGAUAUCAAAAUCUUGUUGAAUUCAACUCGUGAUCUUGUGAAGGAUAAUAAGGAAUUACUGAAAAGAAUUGAUGAGAAGCUUAACAAGAAACACAAACCACUCAAGAUUACCAAUAGUGAGUUCAAGAAAUUGAUCAAACAGUUUAGAGCAGGGGUGAUUAACACGAUAAAUAAACUAGGACCAUUGUAUGCGAUAGACUCUGUUUUAUCAUGUUAUAAAGAAGUGGUUGAAACGAAUGAGAAUAAGUUGAACGAGAUAAAACGAUUGGUGCUUGAACAGUUUUACAAACAAACUGAUGUUUCUUUAAUAGAAGCAUUCUUUAGAUUUACUCCUGAAGGAGAAUUUAAGUAUAAAAUGUCAUCGGAUCCGUUAAACAAACAUCAAUUCGUUUACAUAAUCUAUCAGAUUUUGGUAGAACAUGUGAGCGAUGAAAGAUUGAAAUAUAAAGUUAAUAAUAUUUUUGACCAGUUAGAUUUCAUUAUAUAA